UCUUGUUUUCAUCGUGGAAGCGGGAGACAACAACAUAGCUAGCCAGAAAUUCUGAGUUAUUCAUUAUUUCGUUAAUUUUUAUUUGUAAACCAUUUCAAAUGGAUAUAGAGGGUGGUACAUAUGAACCAGGAUUCGUUGGGAUUCGAUUUUGUCAAGAAUGCAACAACAUGUUGUAUCCCAAAGAAGACAAGGAGAAUCGAAUCCUGCUCUAUGCAUGCAGGAACUGUGACUAUCAACAAGAAGCAGACAACAGCUGCAUCUAUGUCAACAAGAUCACCCACGAAGUUGAUGAGCUGACGCAGAUAAUUGCAGAUGUGUCCCAGGAUCCAACGCUUCCCCGGACAGAGGAUCACCCCUGCCCAAAGUGCGGUCACAAGGAGGCAGUGUUUUUCCAGUCCCACAGUAUGAAGGCUGAGGAUGCCAUGAGGCUGUACUAUGUCUGCACGGCCCCUCACUGUGGACACCGCUGGACGGAGUGAAGAAGAGGUCAGAUGUAUGCAUCCACAGCAUCUGCUGUCACCCAACAGGCUACUGUGUCUCACUGGUUCACUGUGGCUUAAAUCAGAAUGACUGAUCGUUAUGUGGGUCUAAAAUACUCUGCCAAAUCAGAAACUUUAUUAACAGGAAUACUAACUUUUUGUGUUAGUUCUUCAUCACCUUGUUGGCCUGUACGUCGUGGAACUGCUAAGAUUUGUAUGGACCACUCAAAUCCCAUGUAUUACCUUGUUGUGGAGGAACACCUAACUGUUGGGACAUAGUGUUAAUAAUGUAUUAGCUCUAGUACUUUUUUCAGGUAUUUGUCUAAUUAUUCUUUUUUUGAACAGGGAAAAAUAAAAAAAAUACAACUUUUGUUAAA